GAUGCUGAGGAGACUGAACAGGUACAUACAUUCAUUCCAAAAGAACAAUCUUUGGCUAAUAUCAGCGAAUUAUGUAGUGAAAAAGUGAGACCAAAAGCCCCACUUGAGCAAAACAGCAAAUCGGUGCCGAUACAGCCUGAAGAAACAAAAGUUUCACAUGAUUAUAUUGUCGCCCACCCAAGUCAUAACCAGGCACAAAGUAUCAUUUCUUCUGAAAUAAAUAUUAUGACCGAAUAUCAACCCUGCGACCCCAGGUCUCACCCUCAUGUGACUAAAACUAAAAACGAUUCAAUUCAGAAGGAUAGCCGAAUUGAGAUGCAAAAAUUUAUACAAGAAUUAUAUUUAGAACCCAUAACAGAAGAAUCAAUUGAA